GCCACGGACUGACGGACGGGCGUGCGCGGGGGGCGCAGGGCGCGGGGCGCGGGCCUCGGCGGCGGCGGCGGCGGCGGCGGCGGCGGAAGCCUGGUGCCCCCGCCCGCCUGGUCCUCUCUGAGAGCAGAGGCAGCGCCGCGGGCGCGGGGGGCGGCGGCGCGGGGAGGCGCGGGGGGCGCGGAGCGAGCGCGGCCCGCCCGGGCGCCGCCGACCCGGCCCAGCGCACGGACGCGCGGACGGACGGACGGUCGGACGGACGCGGACGGACGCGGCCCCUCCCUGCCGCCGCCGCCCGCCCGGGGCUCCCACCUCGCCGGCGCCGGGCCCGGGAGCGAUGACAUCGACGGGGAAGGACGGCGGCGGGGCGCAGCACGCGCAGUAUGUGGGGCCCUAUCGGCUGGAGAAGACGCUGGGCAAGGGGCAGACAGGCCUCGUGAAGCUGGGGAUUCACUGUGUCACAUGCCAGAAGGUGGCCAUCAAAAUUGUCAACCGGGAGAAGCUCAGCGAGUCUGUGUUGAUGAAGGUGGAGCGGGAGAUUGCCAUCCUGAAGCUCAUCGAACACCCUCACGUUCUAAAGCUGCACGAUGUUUAUGAAAACAAAAAAUAUUUAUACCUGGUGCUAGAACACGUGUCUGGUGGAGAGCUCUUCGACUACCUUGUCAAGAAGGGCAGGCUGACCCCCAAAGAGGCUCGGAAGUUCUUCCGACAGAUCAUCUCUGCGCUAGACUUUUGCCACAGCCACUCCAUAUGCCACAGGGAUCUGAAGCCAGAAAACCUUCUACUGGAUGAGAAGAACAACAUCCGAAUCGCGGAUUUCGGCAUGGCGUCGCUGCAGGUUGGCGACAGCCUGCUGGAGACCAGCUGCGGGUCCCCCCACUACGCCUGCCCCGAGGUGAUCCGGGGGGAAAAGUAUGACGGCCGCAAGGCGGACGUGUGGAGCUGCGGCGUGAUCCUGUUCGCCCUGUUGGUGGGGGCUCUGCCCUUUGACGACGACAACCUGAGGCAGCUGCUGGAGAAGGUGAAGCGGGGUGUUUUCCACAUGCCGCACUUCAUCCCGCCCGACUGCCAGAGCCUGCUGCGCGGCAUGAUCGAGGUGGACGCGGCCCGGCGCCUCACGCUAGAGCACAUUCAGAAACACAUAUGGUAUAUAGGGGGCAAGAACGAGCCGGAGCCGGAGCAGCCCAUCCCCCGCAAGGUGCAGAUCCGCUCGCUGCCCAGCCUGGAGGACAUCGACCCCGACGUGCUGGACAGCAUGCACUCGCUGGGCUGCUUCCGGGACCGCAACAAGCUGUUGCAGGACCUGCUGUCCGAGGAGGAAAACCAGGAGAAAAUGAUUUAUUUCCUCCUCCUGGACCGGAAAGAAAGGUACCCGAGCCACGAGGACGAGGACCUGCCCCCCAGAAACGAAAUAGACCCUCCUCGGAAGCGUGUGGACUCCCCAAUGCUGAACCGGCAUGGCAAGCGGCGGCCGGAACGCAAGUCCAUGGAGGUGCUCAGCGUGACAGACGGCGGCUCCCCGGUGCCCGCGCGGCGGGCCAUCGAGAUGGCCCAGCAUGGCCAGAGUAAAGCAAUGUUCAGUAAAAGCCUGGAUAUCGCUGAAGCCCACCCCCAAUUCAGCAAAGAAGACAGGUCCAGGUCUAUCAGCGGCGCCUCCUCGGGCCUCUCCACCAGCCCGCUGAGCAGCCCCCGGGUGACCCCUCACCCCUCUCCAAGGGGUAGUCCCCUCCCCACCCCUAAGGGGACGCCCGUGCACACGCCCAAGGAGAGCCCGGCAGGCACACCCAACCCCACGCCACCGUCCAGCCCCAGCGUCGGAGGGGUGCCCUGGAGGACACGGCUUAACUCCAUCAAGAACAGUUUCCUGGGGUCACCUCGCUUCCACCGCCGGAAAUUGCAGGUUCCAACACCCGAGGAGAUGUCCAACCUGACCCCGGAGUCGUCCCCAGAGCUCGCCAAGAAGUCGUGGUUUGGGAACUUCAUCAACCUGGAGAAGGAGGAGCAGAUCUUCGUGGUUAUCAAGGACAAGCCCUUGAGCUCCAUCAAAGCCGACAUUGUUCACGCCUUCCUGUCGAUCCCCAGCCUCAGCCACAGCGUCAUCUCCCAGACCAGCUUCCGGGCUGAGUAUAAGGCGACAGGGGGCCCGGCGGUGUUCCAGAAGCCGGUCAAGUUCCAGGUGGACAUCACCUACACCGAGGGCGGGGCAGCGCAGAAGGAGAAUGGCAUCUAUUCUGUCACAUUCACGCUCCUGUCAGGCCCGAGCCGCCGCUUCAAGAGGGUCGUGGAGACCAUUCAGACCCAGCUACUGAGCACACACGACCAGCCCUCCGCCCAGCAUUUGUCAGACACCACUAACUGUAUGGAAAUGAUGACGGGGAGGCUUUCCAAAUGUGGCAGCCCAUUGAGUAACUUCUUUGACGUAAUUAAACAACUUUUUUCAGACGAGAAGAACGGGCAGGCGGCCCAGGCCCCCAGCACGCCCGCCAAGCGGAGUGCCCACGGCCCACUCGGUGACUCCGCGGCCGCUGGCCCCGGCCCUGGAGGGGACGCCGAGUACCCAACGGGCAAGGACACGGCCAAGACGGGGCCGCCCGCCGCCCGCCGCGAGCAGCCUUAGACACAUAGCCCCCUCCCCCAGCACGGCCCUGACAGUGGCCCCCAAGGCCAGCCCCGCCGCCCGCCCGCCCGCCGCCGCCCGCCCGCCCGCGUGGACCCGGGGCCGCGCCCGUCCGCCCGGCUAGACUGUUGCGGAGCCGGGGAGGAAAGGAAAGGGGGCACCGGGGGCCAGCGCCUGCGGCGGGGCCCGCCCGUGCUCGCUCUUUCUCUCACUGUCUCUCUCUCUGCCUGCCUCUGACAACGCCACUGUUUCCGCUCUGAUACCAGGAAUUAUCCCGAAAAGUUAACAUGUCACCUCCACGAGGCCGUCCUCUGUGCUCCGCGCCGGACACCGGCUGACCGAAGGCAGCUGCCGCGGACCCGCCCUCUCUCGUCUCCUGCUGCUGCCGCCCGCGGCGAGGCCCCGCCCACCCGCGCGCCGCACCGCCCCCGCCCGCCCCGCCCGCGGCGAGGCCCCGCCCACCCGCGCGCCGCGCCGCCCCCGCCCGCCCCGCCCGCGGCGAGGCCCCGCCCACCCGCGUGGCGGCUCCGCGCCGGCCGGCCGGCCGGCCGGGCUCCGGACUCGCGGCGACCUCCCCGGCCGGGCCGCGGCGGGGCGGGACAGCCGAAGUCAGCCGGCCCGCCGGCCAGCCUGCACGCGGCCUCCCCCGGCACGGCCCCUGCCUGCAGCCGCCCGCCCGCCCCGCCGCUCGCUCGCGUCCACCCGCCCCCUCCCCACCCCCCCCUUCCCCGCUCGCCUGGGGCUGCAGCGUGCUCUCGCGCUUGGCGACCCUGCCUGGCCCGGGUGGACCCUGACCCUGCAGGCACCGGAGCCGCCUGCCUGCUCCACGGCUGGCCGAGAUCAGUAUUAUUUAUUUGCUGUUUUAACUUAUUGAGUUUCUUUCACUUCUCUGUUCAGGGAAGGGGCAGCAGCAGCGUCCUCCUGCCAUCUGUGUGUCUUGGGCAGGGCGGGGUCUGGGACCGAGGAGGCGCCCUGAGGAGGGAGCCGUCGGAGCGCUGGGGGGCGGCGGGGGGCAGGCCGGUGGAUGCAGCGCCGGCAAGCUACUGUAAACUUUAAAGAAUUCCUGCAAGAUAUUUUUAUAAACUUUUUUUUCUUGGUUGUUUUUGGAAAAGGGUGUGGGGGUGGGGGGAGCCGCUGGGGCAGGGCUAGGUUUUGUGUUCAGGUCUUUGCUCUUGGUUCUUUCUAUAUACAUACACAUAUAUAUAUUUAAAGAACGGCGCGGUUCGCUCUGUCCCAUGUUCUGUCCGGUUACUGUGUAGACGCAACUCCAGUCCCACGGGGUGGGGGGGGUAGGGACGGGGCAGGGCGCUGUCUCCUAGCAGGAUGGCCCUGCCCAGGGCCCCUCUGUCAGGCCCAGGCUGGGGACCAUCUUGGUUUUGUCUGAGAGUGGGGAUCGGAGGAAGGCCCUGGGCUGGCUCCCACACACGGGACAGCAGAGGCACCGCAGGGUUUUUUACUAAAAUGACAAAAAGUAAAAAAAAAAAAAAGAAAAGGAAAAAGUUGGCGGCGUCCUCCGCAGUGUGUGUUCUCUGUACACAGCAAGGUCACGGGGUGUGGCCGCCUCACUCCGUCCCUGUCCCCAGCUUCUGCUUGUUUCUGUUGGUGGGCCCGGUCCCUCCAGGCUGGCACAGGCCCCCGUGGUGUUGAGAGUGCGCGGGGGGGCCUGGCCGCUGUUGGGAGGCACCAGGCCAGCGGCGGGCCAGGAUGGCAGGUUUUGAUUGCAUGCCUUCGCUGUAACGAGUCCACUUUGCUUUUGGUGUGUCUUCCGCCUCCCCGCCCGCCCUGCCCCCCUCCCAUCGUGGACAGCUUUUAAUGCUUCUGUUACAUUGACCCCCCCCCCCCACCACAGGCUGGGAUUUCAAUACAUAAGAAACAAUUAAACACCUAUAACAGCAUAAGCCACGCGGUACAAGCGGGAGGGGCUUCUCCAGAGACAGAAGACACCGAAAGCAAUACCUCUUGUUAGCCUUCCUCUUUUGUACUCGGGACACACGCAGACGUCACGGAAACGAACAAGCCCCACCCCGUGUAUCCCCUGUCAAAUAACUGUGAGCAACCUUAGUUCUGGAACAAUAAAUUCCUUCAGUAAAAAUA